CACACAUCACUCGCUUCCCCACCUCAUCACACUCUCACUCUUCCCCCUGACUCUUCCCCUCUUCGCAUCUCAACACACCAUGUUCUUCAACGCUAACACCAUGGGCUCCCGCUGCGGCGACUCCGACUGCACCUGCGGCAAGACCCGUGCUGUUGGCUGCGUGUGCGGCGACAAGUGCUCGUGCGGCAGCAGCUGCAAGUGCGGCGACGGCUCCUGCGGAUGCGGCAAGUAAAAGCAUCUUGCUUUGGCGGCUGCAACGACAAGGACAACAGCAUAUUUUAGAUGAAUGAUCACGGCGGCAGCGAUUCAUGCCCCCAGGAUCCGUUGUUUGCGCAGAAGCCCUGUAUAUCUGUAUAUGGUGUCGGAGGGAUGGGCGUGUGUGGCCUUGGAGCAACAGCUCACCGUCUGAUGUUCCAUCAUUUUUUUUGUUUAUUGUCGGACUCUCCUGAAGUGGAUGCGUUGGAACUGGCGAGAUGCGCCACGGAGGAAAGUUGAUCGUCGUGUCCUGCACGACGAACGUUGAGCAUUGUCCCUGCCGAAACCCCUUCCCGCCAUCUGUUCGCUAUGGCGCAGGUGGCCGGGUGCACCGGCCGGCGCUGAAAUCAUUCCUCAUGCCCUGGUGCCGUAGUUUUGUUGGUGUGCAUUGCAAAUAAAAACAAAGCGCACACGGGGGAGCAAGUUAUAAGCAUGCAAUUGCGAUCGGUUUUUGUCGAGUCCCAACGUGAAGGAGGAGAGGGAUUGGUAAUGGCACAGUAGCGAACGUCACAGGGUUGGCCGUGAUUGGAUUUUAACCCCAUAGAAUCUGCUUUGGCCCAUCCUUGUUUUUUGUUUCUUCUUGAUUUUCCGUUGGUGCAAGUCCUGCCUUCGGGUUUGAACGUUGUCUCACGGCCAUGACGGUACAUUUAAAUGUGCUGCUGCUCUACACAUGUACAGAAGCACGUGGUGGGGGGCUUUGCAAUCCUCGAUGUUUUUUGCAUUAUGGGGUGUAUGGAAAGAUGCAGGUUGGGUGACCGACGACCCAGAAAAAUGCCGGCGUAGCGCAGUAUCCGCUGAAAAGCGCACAAUAAGUCAUUUUUGUGAGUUGCGGCUUUUUUUCGGCGGGAAAUGCGAGAGCCGCCCGGUCCGACACGACCCAUGCUCAACGGAAAACGUCCCCGAUUAAGCCUUGAUGCAUCCUUGGAAGGAAAAGACCCCUCCAUUGACUGCCGGUCGCUGUC